AUGUCGGAUAGCAAGUCUGAAACUCCCCCACUGGAGCCUCCCGCGCCCUCUUCACUGCCGACGCCGCCAUCACCGGCCUCAGAAACCGCGACAGGUCAGCCAGAGGCUAGCUCGAGCGAAGAGGCGUCAGAUGCUGCUCCUUCCGCUCCUACGAACUCUGCAGAAGGCUCUGAGAACUCCGACGAGUCGGGCAUGACAAUGCGGAACGUCCAUGCAGCGUCCAGAUUUCAGAUUGUCCAGUGCCUUACGGUCGCAAGCGCGCUUGGAUUUUACGAGUACCUGCUUGACAAAGGGGAAAGCCUGGUUAAGAAAGACGUGGACAACAUUGUCCAGCGUGUCAAGGCCGAGUUUCGAGGCGGACGCGACGAUGAUGAUACCUGCGCACAAGCACUUACCGAGUUUGCAGCGAUGGAUGGCAACGUGGCGACUGUGGACGAGACUGACGCUGGGCACUCCGGUGUCAUGAGCAUGACUUCGAGGCACCAGCGAGACAUGACCGUACGCUUCCCCGAGUUGUUGCUAGUGGAUUGUACUCACAAGACCAACCGGUACAACUACCAACUGUGUACUUUGAUGGUCAUUGACGAUAACGAUCACCUGUUGCGGGUAGAUGAUAAGAUCGGCGAAAAGGUGCAAGUUAUCAUGGUCGAUAAAGACUUGCACGAGAUUCGCGUACUGAAGAAGUACUUCCCCAAGGCGCGUGUGUUGAUCUGCUUCUUUCAUGUGAUCAAGUACCAAGUGGUGGUAUCUGGAAAACACAAGGAGCAUUAUGUGGACUUGUCAAACUGGAGCUGUUCGUGUUCCUUCGCGUGUGCUAUGCGUUUACCCUGUCAGCAUGCUAUCGCCUACCGAAAGUGGAAAAAGGUGUCCGGAAGUGUCAUUCCAUUGAGUCGGAUCCAUGAGCGGUGGUUACAUCCUGCAGAGCUAGAGCAGAUGCCUAGACCUAUAGUUGUAAAUGAAUUCAAGCCUGGCCAAACAAAGCGGAAGGCACUCGAUGCAGCGACCAAGUACAGACAGGCGCUCAGUGCUACACAAGCAAUCUGCAACGAACUGGCAGAUAUAGAGGACGAGGACGAGUACAAAGAAAAUCUUGAUUUUCUUCUCAAACAGUGGGCGAACAUUAGACAGCGGAAGCGUAUCAAAAUCACAAACUCGAAUCCUUUCGUGGAGACUGAUGGCGAUGACCAAGACACGAAAUCACCAACAGAACUGUCGAUCAGGUUGAACCCGAAGGCUGCAGAGACCGGAAGACCUCGUUUAAAUACGAAAGAGCGCGAGGCCGAAGACAAGAAGAAACGGGCACUGUUUAACGAGUCUGAGGAGCAUCGCCGAAAAAUGGGGGAAGUUACUCUAGUACAGCUUGCUCAAGAUUUACAAAGGGAGAAACCGACACUCCAGGAAACGCUAGACCGCGUAAGCCCAAUUCCUACCAAGUGGGAUAGAGCGAGUAACAAGAAACCGAAGUAUGUUCGACAGAGCGCCCCUGUGCUGAGCGACAACGCGUUCUAUCUUCGCCCGAAGAAGCUCCUGGACAAGUGCCUCUCCGUUCUUCCAGUGAAGAACACAAGAGAGACUGCAAUCGAGAUCUUCACCCAGAGCCAGCCUUCGCAAGCUGAAAGUGAUGACACGCAAUUACGUGGACAAGACCUGGAGAUUCAUGGACAAAACCUGGAGAUAGAAUGUGUUCAAAUUUCAGGUAUUGGAACAUUUUCACGAGCCCACAUUGAGGCAAUGUGUUAUCUGUCGACUAUGAAGGACCAAUGCGAGCAAGGUGUCAAAUUCUGCACUUGGCUGCUUCAAAACGUGAUAAGCACCAUACCUUCAGUGCAACAUCCUGUGUUGGAAAACAUGGUAAACCAAGUGGCGAAAUCGAACCCACAGAGCACAAUUGUGAUCGAGGCCACUGAGUAUCACUACGCGAUGCUAUACCGCUUGAAGCCACCAUCCUGGGCGAACGACGCCUUGAUACAUGCUUUCUGCACAAGACUGUGUGCAACAAACCCUACUGCUCGUGUUCUAAGGAUUGAGAGCACGGUGACGGGGCGAAAUGCCGAGGGCAUGAAUGAAUCCCUCAAGAAAAAAGCGCAAGAGCUGGUGGGAGAGGCAGACCUCCUUAUGAUCCCGGUUUACGUCGGAAAUUCGCACUGGUGCGGAAUUGCAGUAGAUGUGAAGCGAACUCGAGUCCUUUAUUAUGACUCCAUGAACCAGAGGACUUACAAGACCGUGCUGGAUCGACUGUCCUGGGAUUUGGCGAAAACCCUGAGCGACGACUUUGAGGUUGUAUCCAUCAACGCGCCAAUUCAGACGGACGGCCACAACUGUGGUUUCUUCGUAAUGCUACGACUCUGGCGAAUGGUAGACAAUAGCAUUGCGCUGGAUGUAACUCCAAAAGGUCUCACGAUAUUGCGCUUUCACAUGCUUCAGCUAGUGCUCCAUGGUAGAUCUAACUAA